GGCUUCUAAAAUCUGGUGAUCAUUUCCUACCACUCAUAUUUCCCAUUAUUGUUAAGUAUUUUGCUACAUGUGGUCCUAGGAAAAGAAAAUACAAUUAGUAGCUUUAUGGAGUCAUGGACCUGUUCUGUUGGAAGUAUGACUGAGUUAUUUAUUUCUAUGAGCUAUGAUUUUGUUGAGGGCCCGAUUCUGAAUAAUGAAGAAUGUUGUCUUUUCAGUUUGGACAUUUUGAGAUCAUAUUAGAUGCUCACUCUCUACUUCAAGUAUUUGUUUGCAUUUUUUAGGUUCCUAACAAAAUUACUCACAAAGGAUCUGCCUCGACUCUUUGUUCGUUGGAAGAAGAUCAUCCUUGAUUUGUAGAAGGGAAUGUCAGUUGGUCCUGCUUCAGAUUAUUUUAAAACUGGUGCAAUUCAGGAAGGGACUAAAGACUUUGCUGGAGAACUAUCAGUGACUCUCGUAGAUACUCAGAAGCUUUUGCUUAUGUCUUUCUUGGAGUUAUCAGGGAAGACGAAACCAUCCAUUGUUCUAAUGCUGGGCGAUCAAGCAAUUCGCAGUAAAAUGAAUGGUCGGACUACUAUCAUUGGACCACCAGGAGACCCAACAUGGAAUCAGGAUUUUCAUUUGCUUGUGGCAAAUCCUAGGAAACAGCGAUUAUCCAUCCAAGUGAAGGACUCCUUUGGUUUCACUGAUUUCACUAUAGGCACUGGGGAGGAGUUGUCAGGGAAGACAAAUCCAUAUGUUGUUCUAAUGCUGGGCGAUCAAGCAAUUUGCAGUAAAAUGAAUAGUCAGACUACUAUCAUUGGGCCACCGGGAGAGCCAAUAUGGAAUCAGGAUUUCCAUUUGCUUGUGGCAAAUCCUAGGAAACAGUGAUUAUCCAUCCAAGUGAAGGACUCCUUUGGUUUCACUGAUUUCAUUAUAGGAACUGGGGAGGUAAUUAUCCAAAUCAUACUUGAUCUAUGUACAGCAGACAGCAGACAAAGUGUAGCUAUCAUGAAGCCUGGUUUCUGUUUUACCCAAUGAAUAGUAAUUCUGUAAAAGAAGUGUGAACUUAUCUCUAUUCUCAUUGGUAUUGUAUAGAUGCUUCAUGGGGCAGGUGUGGAAGACAUUAGCAUCCUGAAUCCCACAUGAAUGCAGAAGAAAAAAUGAUAUACAUGUGUGCAAGCAAAUAGAGUAUUAAAAUGCCAAUCAGUCAGAAAUGCGGAUGGCACUACCUCAAAAUUAAGAUAUUUGUGUCCUAGAAUUGUGUUGACACCCUUGGGUAGAUGAUUAAAUGCUUUCAAGGUA